CGAACAGCGUUUUGGGGCGGGACCCCACCGCCGACGACGGGGCAUGGCGGCGCCCAGGUUAUCCCGGCGCCCUUUUCCACUUCGGUCGUCACGACCUCGUCCUCGACCUCCUUCUCUCCGGCCUCGCCCUCUCCCCGCACGGCGCCCCCCGCGGGCACAGCCGUCACCAAGGUCCUCGUCACCCCGGCCGCGCGGCACUCCGCCCCCGCGCGCCCCAACCUCCUCGGAGGGCCGGGCGCCGCGGCCCCCACGCCCGCCCUCUUCUCCAAGCCCACCAUCCGGCGGGGCAGCACCAUCGCCACCAUCAGGUUCCGCGUGCCCGACAGCAAGUCCUCCCGCAGCCUCGACGGGCAGGACGGCGAGUUCCCGGCGCUCAUCGGCUUCGUCCACCGCCCCUCCAGACGGUCGGCGCACGAGGCGGAAGCCCACGUCUUCGGGGGGGUCCUGACCCCCCAUCGGCCCCUGUCGGCCCAUACCAGUAGGUCUGAACAUUUCUACCCACUUGUUAAAAGACUAAAGAAUUAUCUCUAA